AUGAGCAAUGUGCUUAGCACUAGCCUCACACCCUCCUCCCUUCUCAGUCUCGUCCUCGUCGCUAUUAUGUCGAUUGUGAUAAGGCGGCGCUACUUCUCUCCCCUGAGCCAUAUACCGGGUCCCUUUCUUGCCUCCAUUACCAGGUUCUGGCAGGUCGCCACGCUGAUCCGAGGCGACUCGAUUGGUGUGAUUCAUGCACUGCAUCAGAAACACGGACCCUUUGUCCGAGUUGCUCCGAACGAAGUGAGUGUCUGCCAUCGCGAUGCGCCCCGCAAGAUCCUCCUCACUGCGCUGCCCAAGGACAGCUGGUACCGCGCCGGCGCCCUCCCCGACUACCGCUUCCAGACGACCCUCUCCAUCACCGACCCCAAAGCCAAAGUCGCGCGCGCCAAGCAGUUCAUGCAAGGAUUCUCAACCUCGACCCUCCUCACCUUUGAGCACCGCAUCGACAAGCUCUUCACCCAGCUCCUCAACUGGAUCGACAAGUUUGCCGCUGACGACAACGGCAAGCCCAUGAAUCUCGACCAAUUCUUCAGCUUCACCGCAGCCGACAUCACCGGCGAGCUUCUCUUCUCCAAGCCCUUUGGCUUCCUCGAAAAGGGCUACGACAUCGACAAGACGCUCGCGCGCUCGCACGCGAUCGUCGGCAUCGGCACCGCAACCGGCUACUUUCCCUACCUGAACAAGCUCGUCGCCAACCCCUUCGUGACGUGGACCGGCGUGCUGCCCUUCCGGCUUGUUUUUGUCACGGCCAUGGACGCCAUCGCCGCGCGCCGCUCAAGGAAAACCGACACCAACGAUAACGACCCCGACAUCCUGACGCUCUGGCUGCAGGCCCUGGCCGAUGGCAAGGUCACGCUGCGCGACGUGCAGGCACAGACGACACUCGGGAUCGUGGCUGGCACCGACGCCAUGUCGACGGGCCUGCAGACGUUUGUGUAUCACACCAUGCGCCACCCGACUGCGUGGCGGCGGUGUCGUGAGGAGGUCGUGGCGCAUUUGGAAAAGAGCGAUAGGCCGCCGACCAGGAUUGUUCCGUUUGCUGAUGCCCAGGAGAUGCCGUACCUGCAGGCGUGUAUUAAGGAGGCGUUGCGUCUUUUUGGGCCGCUUGGGACGGGGUUGCCGAGGGUGGCGCUUGAGGGGGGCACGACGAUUGGGGAUAUGACGUUUCCGGAGGGGACGACGCUCGCGAUACAUCCCUAUUCUAUGAUGAGAGACAAGAGCUUCUGGGGGCCUGAUGCAGAGGCGUUCAACCCAGACCGGUGGCUGAAGGAUGAUAGCGUCGAGCUGGAGCGCUUCUACAUGCCGUUUGGGCUUGGCUAUGGCGGCUGUCCCGGUAUUAACCUCGCCAAGAUCCAAAUGUCAAAGCUCGCCGCGAGUCUGGUCCGGGACUACGAUGUUCGCCAAGUCAAUCCUGGACAGGAAUGGAGCUAUGAGGCUUACUUCAACACGCUGCCCCAUGACUGGCCUGUUUAUGUUAAGAGACUACAUCAGUAA